AUGCGUAAAGAAGGACAGAAUAAAGUGUGCAUAAACAAAUAUCCAAAGCAGUAUGCCUCUGAAACAACAAAUAAUAAGGAUGGCUAUCCUAUAUACCGAAGGAGAGAUACAGGGGAAAACGUUGUUAUACGAAAUGCACUUGAUAACCAAUGGGUGAUUCCUUACAAUCCCUAUCUUUCUAUGUUGUUUGAUUGUCAUCUUAAUGUCGAGGUUUGUUCUACAAUUAAGGAUGUUAAGUACUUGUAUAAGUAUGUGUAUAAAGGUCAUGAUAGGAUCUCUUACAACAUUGUUGGUGUUGACAAAAAUUCUGUGGAUGAGAUUGAGAAAUACCAAUCAGGUAGAUUGGUUUCUCCCUGUGAAGCUACAUGGAGAAUUUUCAGCUUUGACUUGUUUGAGAUGUAUCCAUCAGUGCUUCCUUUGCAAGUACACUUACCUAAUAUGCAUACAGUACACCUUUGGCCUCAUGAAAGGCUAAAUUCAGUUGUGUCAGAUUCUAAGCGUUCUCAGACUCAGUUAACAGAGUUCUUUACAGCUAACGCUGCUAUAGAAGGUGGAACAGGCUACCUAUAUGGUGAAUUUUGUGAACAUUUUAAGUGGGAACCAAGUAGCAAAGAGUGGAGUCAAAGAGCUACAACUAGAUUUUCAGUGGGACGGUUGGCUUUUGUUUUCCCUGCAGAAGGUGAACGUUUUUUCCUACGACUUUUGUUGUUAAACGUUAGAAGCCCUACAUCCUUUGAAGACCUUAGAAUUGUCAACGGUUGUGUUUGUCCUACGUUUCAAGAAGCAGCUCUUAGACUAGGAUUGAUAGAAAAUGAUGAUGUUGCAGAGCUAACUUUGUCUGAAACCUCUGAAAUACAGCUCCCUUCAGCUUUGAGGGGCUUGUUUGCAACAGUACUACUGUUCUGCCAAGUAACUGAUCCUCCAGCAUUCUUGCUUAAAUUUUUUCCUUCUUUGUCUGAAGAUUUCUGUCAAAAAUAUCAGAAUAAUAUGGAGAAAGUUCACCAGCUUACUGUCAGAGAAGUUGAGCAGCACCUUGAAGCUAUGGGAAAAUCAUUAUCUACAUUUGGCUUAGAUUUUUAA